GCUGCCUAAUUGGGGGUCGGCGAGUGGAGAGGUCGCUUGGGUAAAAAUAAACCGUCUUUUACUGAACUCAAUGAUAAUCGUUUUGCUUGAGUUGUAGGGAUUGGAAGAACGAAAGCAGCGAGCCAUGCUUGGAGGAAAAGAGCCUUUGAAGCAGAUUUGAAUGAUAAUUGUUCGUGAAACGGGGGUAUUUUGCGGGUGUGCUCGGGUUAAAUACAUGGGUGGCCCUUUGGUCAUAACAUUGUUCAAUCUGUACACUAAACAAACAUUUUUAAAAUUGGAUUGUGAAAUAUUAGAUACAUGCAACAAAAGCAGUACUUAACAGACAAGAAAAACCUUCAGAUGCUGGAAUCCAAAGUAGAUAACCUGGAGGCUGGAAGAACACAGAGCCAGGCAGCAUCAGGAGGUGGAAAACUCAACAAAACAUCACUUGCAGAAUCAGAAGAGGCCCCACAAAAUGGCGUUACGCGAUUCUUCAGAACCUGAAUGCCAUCAGCCUUUGAAUGUGAAAGAAGUAUUUCAACUAACCAUGCAAUCUGAAAAAGCAUCAUGCCAAUCAUAGCAGAAAGGAAUACAUGUGUAAUAUGUGUGGGUCAGUCUUCAACUGAUUAUAAGUCUUGGAGAAGGACAACGCAACCCCAAUAUGGAGAAACCAUGGAAAUGUGAAUAUUGUGGGAAGAGAUUCAGUUACCCAUCCCAGAUAGAAAAUCAUCGACGCAGUCACACUGGGGAGAGACCAUUCAGCUGCUUGGCUUGUGGGGAAGAAUUUACACAGAGAUCCAGCCUUUUGACACACCAACGAAUUCACACUGGAGAGAGACCAUUUACCUGUUGCGACUGUGGGAAAGGUUUUACUCAAUCAGCCAGCCUUCGGAGACACCAGCGAGUUCAUACUGGUAAAACUCCAUAUACCUGUUCUGUAUGUGGAAAGGGAUUCACCCAGUCAGCCAACUUUCAGAGACACCGGCGAAUUCACACUGGAGAGAAGCCUUUCACCUGCUCAGCAUGUGGCAAAGGCUUCAUUCAGUCAUCUGAGCUUCUGACACACCAGCAAGUUCACACAGAGGAGAGACCUUUUCAUUGCUCUGAAUGUCAGAAGUGCUUUAAAAGUAUAAAGCAACUUCUGGCCCAUCAGCGCACUCACACUGGGGAGAGGCCAUUCACUUGCUCAGUCUGUGGGAAGGGAUUCACUCGUUCAUCCACCUUGCUGACACACCAGCAGGUUCACACUGGGGAGAAGACAUUUAUCUGCUCUGAGUGUGGAAAGGGAUGCAUUACUUCAUCCCACCUACUGAUACAUCAGCGAGUUCACAGUGGGGAGAGGCCAUUCACUUGUUUAGCCUGUGGGAAGGGAUUCAUUCAGUCAUCACACCUGCAGAAACAUCAGAGACUUCACAAGUAAUUGCAGGACAUGAACUCCACUGUUACUGCUGCUGCUAAUCACAUCCAGGACUGUUUUAAUAAGAGUUUCUCAAUAACCCUUAUAAAUUAAAUAUUAAGUUAAAUAUAACUGUGGUUAAUGCAUACCAAAAUUUGUAAUGUUUGACUGUUUGUGCAUGGUCUUUUUUGUUAUGUUAAACAAAAUCAGUUAAUUGACGUUUCGCAAAUCUUCAAUUGGCUCUUCUCCCUCACAUUGUGAACUCAGUUCCUAUUCAGUGCUGGAAGGGAGAAGAUUCUGUUUAUUUUCUGAAGGAAUUAUGCUUUGAAAAUUUUAUGGAUCUACUUUUACCAUUGGAGUAAUUCUUUUUCUCAACACAAAGUUCUUACUUCAUGCUGUUUGGAGGAAAGAGCAAUAUUUGUGAAACAUCUAAGCUAGGACAAAUGUUCGGCACAACAUCGUGGGCCGAAGGGCCUGUUCUGUGCUGUAUUGUUCUAUCACUGUCAUUGUUAGGUUUGAUCAAAGAUUUGGUGUAUGCUCAGUAGUGAGGAUCUUCAGUGGAAAUAUAAUUGACAAGGGAUCCACAACCAAAGAUUGUUCCAGCUACCUCAAAUACAUGGUAUGGUUUUUCGAUGGGAGACAACUCUGAGCUGUCUGUUACAGGCAAGACUUGCCAUUGCAUGGAAGUAACAGAAACAGAUGUGCUGAGGCUGCAAUGUAAUCUUAGGGACUGGGUCUGAUGAGGAAGAUGGGGGGCUAUGAAAGAAGGAUCGUAAAUUUUGUCAAAGGGACAACAGAAGUAACCAUGUCGUGGAAAUAACUUCUGGAGCAUGUGGGAUAAUUGCAGAGAUUUUGACACUAUUGGACUCUGGCUUAAUUGAGGUAAAAACCAUAUUGCUGCUGACAAGUAGUAUCAAGUGGACAUGAAACUUGAAAUGUGCGGGUUAUGUUUGGUUCAGCAGCUCAGUUUUAUAAGCAUUACUUUGAAUUAAUGAAGCAUAACAUUUGCUGUUUCAAUUUUCUGCCUAUCAGUGUUGAGAGAAUGUCUCUAAAUCUUCUCCACUGGCUACUGAAAAUAAAAAAAUGGACUGGAAGAUUUGUUUUUCCUCCUGCCUGCAAGUUCCAGUAAAGCACAAUAUGGCAAAGAAAUACCUGUCGAGUUAUAUGUGCAUGCACUAUAUAUGGAGGAAACUAUGAAAAUUGAAAUAAUGACAUGUUGUGACUGUGUACAGAAUGAAACUUUCAUAUCGAAGCAGAUAUAACAGAAGUGAUACUGUCUUGAAUGAAUGAAAGAACUCACGCUAUCAAUUCAAGUAUUCAUAUUGUGAAGUCAGAAACUAACUAUUGAUUCUGUAAUUGCCUGUACUGAUAACAGUUAAGAAGUAUAAUGGCUGCUGCUUCCUUAGGUUUCAGAAGCAUGCAUAGAUUGUUAUAAUUAUAAAAAAAGUACACAAAUCAAGGACCAACCAAUGUCAGUGAACAAGGGAACAGGUAAAUUUGGAGAUGCUACCUCCAAACAAGAAGGAAGGUACUGAGGAAGAGCUGUGGAACCAUGUCAGAUAAAAAGAAAAUGCACAUAUGAACUUGCUUCCAAAGAAGUGCCCAACAAAAGCUUCACAUAACUUGAGUCAAUGUGUGUCAGUCAAAGAGAAUUUGGGGAAACAUCAUUCAUCCUACUGGAAAAAUGCUGUUAGGUGUGAAGUAGAAGUUUGUCAAAAAUAAAUUGCUCAAAUUAGAAUGAAAAAAAUUACAGAAAUGUAAUGCAUGUUGGAGCAGAAAGAUCAUGAUGCAGAAUGUAAGUGAUU